AUGAAGGCUACCCUGAUAUCUCUGGGCUUUAUUGCCACUGUUUCCGCGAACAUCGUCUUUAAUCAUGUUCCAUUAAGCUGUGAUAUCACCAGCAAGAAUUUGUACUAUGGCUGUCUUGAAGGUCAGAACUGUACCGACGAUGGGACUAGAGAAUGCUAUGUCCCAAACACCCCAAUGCCAUCCCGUUAUUACCCAGUCCCGGUCAAAGAGAAAGCCCUUGAACCCAGACAAGCUGUAUAUUCAACAGACGGUAGUUGUGGUCCUGCCAAUGGCAACACGAUUUGCGACCCAAAGAGUACAGUGUACAAAGGGUCAUGUUGCUCGUCAUACGGCUGGUGCGGAAAUGAUGACGCCCAUUGUGGAACUGGGUGUUUAUCUGGAUGCAGCGGUGGCAGUUCUACAACUCCAAGCGGUACCGCGCCUCGGUCUGAUGGUCGAUGCGGCACUGCUUUCGGUGGUGCUACCUGUGAUGCUAAAGGCGCAUUUGGUGGUUGUUGUUCUUCCUAUGGAUACUGUGGCUCUACCAGUGGUCACUGCUUGGUCGCGAAUGGCUGCCAGAAUGGAUGCACAGGUGGAAAUCCUACAGGUGGAGGCGCGUCAUCCACAGCCGCCCCUACACGUGCCGCCUCUACGUCCACAACACAGGAACCAGUAAUUGCUCCAGUCACUUCUACACUUACACCUGCAGCAGCCAGCAAUGCACCAGUAACUACUGAUGGAUCAUGUGGUGUUUCUAAUGGUGGAACUGUUUGCGGUAAUUGGGUAAAUGGAAAUUGUUGUUCCAUGUACGGAUUUUGUGGAAAAACCAGUGCACAUUGCGGUGCCGGAUGUCAAUCUGGAGAUUGUUUGAAUGCACCAGUGGUUGCAGCCCCUGGCGCAAGUCCUGCCCCUGCUGCUCCAGAGGGAGGCGUCUUCAACAUCGUUGGCCAAUCUGGAGUCCCAGUUAUGCACGCGGCACUGAUGCAAAAUGGCCGUGUCAUGUUUCUCGACAAAUUGGAGAACUACACCCAGUUGAAAUUGCCAAACGGAUAUUACGCCAUGUCUUCGGAAUACGACCCGACGAGUAACGGUGUUUCAGUCCCUCUAGCUUACAAGACAAACGCAUUCUGUUCCGGAGGUACUUUUCUCGCAGACGGUCGUGUUGUUUCUCUCGGAGGUAAUGCACCUUUGUCAUGGCUUGAUCCAACAAUUGGUGAUGGAUUCGACGCCAUUCGAUACCUCGAGCGAUCUUCCACGGAUGCUAGUCUCACUGGCAAAGACUGGAGUGAACCCGGCAACAAGCUUGCAAGUGCUCGGUGGUAUGCUACUGCUCAAACUAUGCCUGAUGGCACCGUCUUUGUCGCUUCUGGAAGUAAGAAUGGCCUCGAUCCAACUGUCAACACGAAUAACAAUCCUACAUACGAGAUCUUGAGUGCUACCGCGGUUUCACAAGGUAAGAACAUUGACUUGGAAAUUUUGGAGAAAAAUCAGCCAUACUACAUGUACCCUUUCGUCCAUCUCCUCAACGAUGGAACUUUGUUCAUCUUUGUCUCAAAGUCUUCCCAGAUCUUCAAUGUUGGUACGAAUACUGUCGUCAAGGAGUUGCCGGAGCUUGCAGGAGACUAUCGCACAUAUCCCAAUACUGGUGGUAGUGUUUUGCUUCCUUUGUCAAGCGCUAACAAAUGGAACCCUGAUAUCGUUAUUUGCGGUGGUGGUGCAUACCAAGAUAUCACCAGUCCAACAGAACCAAGUUGUGGAAGAAUACAGCCAUUGAGCGCAGACCCCAAAUGGGAGUUGGAUUCUAUGCCUCAAGGUCGUGGUAUGGUUGAAGGAACUUUACUUCCAGAUGGAACGGUCGUCUGGCUCAAUGGAGGUGAUUUGGGUGCUCAAGGCUUUGGACUUGCGAAAAACCCAACUUUGGGAGCUCUUCUUUACGAUCCCACAAAGGCCAAGGGUCAAAGAUUCACGACUCUUGCCACCUCAACCAUCCCACGUCUCUAUCACUCUGUUGCCCUUCUCCUCCUUGAUGGCACACUCAUGGUCGCUGGAUCAAAUCCUGUUGAGAUGCCAAAGCUCAAGCCUGAUGCGGCCGAUCCAUAUGUUACGGAGUUCCGAGUGGAGAAUUAUGUUCCUCCUUAUCUCCGAGGCGAUAAUGCAAACAAGCGCCCUACUAAUGUGAACUUGUCAUCGGGUAGCUUCAAAGCAGACGGCAGCACACUCACUGUUACCUUCAAUUGCCCAGCUGGCGCGAAGGCAGUGACUGUGACAUUGUAUCACGGUGGAUUCGUCACUCAUUCAGUACACAUGGGUCAUCGCAUGCUGCAUUUAGAUAACACAGGCUUUGUCGCUGGUGCAACACAGCAGAAGUUGACUGUUACUCGACCACCAAACAACAAUGUGGCACCUCCUGGACCAUAUGUUGUUUAUGUUCUUGUAGACGGCGUUCCCGCCAUGGGACAAUUUGUUACGGUCUGA